AAGCCGCAGCAUGGCUGCUUUACUGGCAGGCAAGCAAACUUCUGCUCACUCUUCAGAAAAUGCUUCCUGAUGCAGUGACGGUCAGUAAACGCUGAUGCCUGUGAGUGAGCCCAACAUGUCGGUUGGUAACUGCCGGUGCCUGUGAGUGAAUCCGGCGUGAGGUCAUAAACACCAGUGACUGAGUGAGCCUGACGUGGGGGUCUGUAAUGCAGGUGCCUGUGAGUGAAUCCGGCGUGAGGUCAUAAACACCAGUGACUGAGUGAGCCUGAUGUGGGGGUCUGUAAUGCAGGUGCCUGUGAGUGAAUCCGGCGUGAGGUCAUAAACACCAGUGACUGAGUGAGCCUGACGUGGGGGUCUGUAAUGCAGGUGCCUGUGAGUGAAUCCGGCGUGAGGUCAUAAACACCAGUGACUAUGAGUGAGCCUGACGUGGGGGUCUGUAAUGCAGGUGCCUGUGAGUGAGCCUGGCGUGACGGUAGCAGCAUGAUUGGCUGGUGGGCUGCCCCCCCCCACCGUGCUGUGGUUUUCACCCUCCAGCACAUCAGAAUAGCUUCUGAGAGCUUUGGAGUCGUGUGGGCAGAGGUUGGUCACACUGUCACCAUACAGUGUUUUGUGGGGGUUGCAGUCACAGAUUGAGGGGGUGUGUGUGGCUGUCACAGGAAAUCUAUGGCAUGAAAAGCGGCACAGCACAGGCCUUCAGAACUUCACCUGCAGCGGGGCACUGGGCGGGGUGUCCUGGACAUUACAUCCCAAAAAACAAAAGUCAGUACGCACAGGAGUGUGGUUCUGAGAUGAACUUUCAGGUUCUGAGAUGAACCUCUGGGCUCUGAGAUGAUUCUCCAGGUUUGAGAUGAACCUCUGGGCUCUGAGAUGAACUUUCAGGUUCUGAGAUGAACCUCUGGGCUCUGAGAUGAUUCUCCAGGUUUGAGAUGAACCUCUGGGCUCUGAGAUGAUUCUCCGGGUUCUGAGAUGAGCUUUCAGUUCGUCCAAAUUCAGGCCAUGGCCGGAAGUGUGCGGAAGUUUUGGCUUCGGUGUGUGCAGUGUCUCUCUCAACGUGUUUAACUGAGGCAGCACCCCCACUUGAAGCUCUGAGUCACACUGGCUCCCCCAGACGGAAAACUGUAGAGUUUCUGGAACCUUCCAUCCUAACCCUAACCCCCGCAGUCUCAUUAAGGGCAACACACCUCACCGUGUGUGGGCCAGAUGCUUAGCCUCAUUGUCUACAGAGCAAAGUCAGAAAACGGCAUUAAUGUAAGAGCCGUAAACAUCUCCGUGUUUCGCAUUAUCUUGAGCUUCCAUAAGGUGAGUUUUCAGCCUGCUUGGAAAAUGGUCACAAUCCUGUGAGCAAAUGGGAGCAGAACCAUGAAACAGAGGAUUGUGAGAAUCCUACAGGGAGACGCUUCAAAGGUCUGCCGGUCAUCUGAUCACAUUUCAGCUGUAUAAACUGCCAGUAAAGCAGCAUGUGAAGUAACAGCACUUUAGCUCAUAUGAUUUUCUGGCAGCAGAAAUGAGCAAACCGAUUGCCCCUGCUGUGCACGGUCAUGUGACUGGUCAUGUGACUGGUCACGCAGCGUCACCUGUUGUGUUGCAUGCAGCACUGACUUGGUCACAAGAUGGGUAUUGGGGCUGUAUAAUGGUGCAAAGAGCAUGAAACAUUAAAUGGUUCACAUUUCCUUCAUUGUCACCUCUUUACAGCUUUGCUUAAGCCAGCAGGCCUUGCUGUCCUGUCUCGCUGUGGGGUGGGGUCCACGUCUUUGCUCUGUCCCUCCAGCUGCACACCUGAGCCAGGUAAUCAGCUCAGGUGGGGGUGGGUGGGGGCAGAGGCAUGGGCUGGCUGAGCCAUGAACCACAAGGUAAUAAAGCCAGCUGCCAUUCAGGAUGCCCCCCCACCCCGGUCCACGGGAUCAAAUGGCAACCAUCAGGUCACAUGAUCCCUGAAGGUCACAUGAUCCCCAUUAGCCUUUAGUUUCAUUUGCAGAACUCAUCUCAGCAGGGGGCAUGGGGGCAUAAAGUCAUGCCCUCUUGUUUGCUUUUGAAAAUGUCAAAUGCAGCUUUAACCCAGUUAAAUACUGACCAGUGGUCAAUUCUUGUACAUUCAAGGAGGCACCAGCAGAGGGCAGCACUUCCACUCUAAUGUUCCCAUUAAAUGUGCAGCACUUCUCCGUCUUCCUCUAGGAAUGCAAUAACAUGCAGAUCGGCUGGUUGGCAUCUCUAUCACAACCUGGAUUGUGUGUGUAGGUCUGUGACAGAUGGGCCUCUUAUCCAGGGUGGACCCCAGCCCCGCGCUGCCUGGGAUAGGCUCCAGCCCCCUCCCACGCCCCCAUCCAAGUGACCCUGAGAGCCGCAGACCGCUCAGAGCAGCGGGCCCCGCUCUGACCUUUGACCCCUGACCUGGAGACUGGUGCUAAAGCCGGACGGUUUGCACAGCAAGGAACUGUGUUGGCGCUGCUCUCCGUAUCUCCCGUGUGGGACUUCAUCAUGGAUAUCCCUGUUUUUCCAGUUUAUACUCAACACAAAAGUGUGAAAACUGUCAGUGCAGUGCUCCAGUGUCAGACACCCUCUCCUGGACCUCGGAGUACCCCAGCAGCCCGACCCAGUGCAGUAACAUGACCUCCUGCGUACGGACAGGCAGCUUCCUGUCGACAGGCAGACGCGCAGCCCAGCAUCAGAGAUGCAACCACCCCACCCUGAGUGCUCGCCGGAACUUCCCUCCUUCCUUCUGGGACAGUAACUACCCCUCCGCGCACAGCCGCCCCCCCACUGAGGGGGCCGCCCCAUACCCAGUGGAUCCUUACUCCCCCAGCCUGCACCCUGGUCUGCCCCAUCCACACCCGCACCCCCACCCCCAUCCCCCAGAGACAUGGGGCUACGCCCAGGGCCAGACAUUCGCUCCAGCUCAGCCUCUGCACGAACUUUACACCCCCACAGGCCUGGAGCCCCACUACAGCCCCCUGCUCAUGCCCACUAUGCGGCCUGCCCACCUGCCCACGCUGGCUGCACACUAUGAUGUCGGCAAGCUUGAUGGCGCCCCCUCCUGGCCAGGCCUCCUGCCGCCGGGGGACAUGACCCAGACACUGGCUCUGAACAUGGACGCAGGUCUGCAGCACCAUAAGAAGCGCAAGGAGCUGUACUGGUUCUAACAGCCAGCAUCACAGGUCGCUGUGAAGGCAGCCGAGGCACAGAGGCUCUCUCUCACCCCAGAGGCAGACAGUAAACAUGUCCCACAUGGGGAGGGGCCAUGUCUGACGGGGCCCGCCGGCGCACUUGUGCCUUUGCUAUUGAGGGACCCACUGCUGGAAAGCAGACAGACUCUUGGUCCCACCAGGAGACAGCAUGGGCAACAGGCAGAGGGUGGGGGGUGUCCUGCCUCGAACCCUGACUGGCCACAUGGUGACCUCACUCACAUUCACACUGCGCUCAGUAAUGGCCGAGAAAUGAGGCUGCUUUGGCUGCUGCUGUCUGAGCGCUUUUCUUAUCUAUUUAUUUAUGUUUAUGUAUGACGCUAAAUCUGUAUGGAUAACAAAGCUAAAGAGCAGCACUUCCUGGGUAUUAUGGUCUGCUGCGUCACCAGUCAGCACUAAGAUACAUAUGAACACUGACAUUUUUCAGAAGUCCUGCAGAAUAUGAUGUAUGGAUGGAUGUCAGCUUGGCGGCACAGUGGGUGGUCCUGUUGCUUGAAUUCUCAUCCUGGUCUGGCUGUUGGGGGGGGGGCACCGUGAGAAGUGGGCCCCGCCCUAAGGACGGAGUAGGGUGAGCCCGGCCAGUAAGGUGUUCAUCCAUCCCAGCGAAUCUCAGAAUGCUGGGAACCAUCCAAAGCUUUUCAAAAUGAGACUUCAGACCAGUGCAUCCUCAGGCUCUCAGCCUCCCCUCCAGACCCUCCUGUUUCCCCAUCUUGCUGCAUUAGCCCCAGUAACCACACACACAUAUCUGGUAGUUGGAAAGGGCCGGGUUUCUCACAUCUGCUUGAGAUCCUCUUUCGAUCUGAGCCAUCAGCUGACCGACGAGAUUCAGUUGAUACAUACCUACACCGUGACACGGCGCCUGCCUGCAUUGUCCCCAAGACCAGCACAACUGUAAAACCAAGAGCUUCCGUGUGUGAAUGCAUCAAGUCUCUGCUGGAUGCCUUUGUUCGCUUGUAUUCAUGGAAGUGUCCCCAUUGCAGUGUACCUGUGUUUCCUCUUCAUUCACUUCAUCUUCCCGCGUUCUCCGUCAAAUAAGCCCUUCUCUGCCACUACAGGCAGCACCAGGCAUCGCGAUCUGCCCAGACAAGUAGCGACACUCAGCUUUAGGACGGAGCUGCAGCCUCAGGAGGGGCAGCCUGAGGUGCCCCAUGUCGCCCAGGCACAUGGAGGAGGAGGAUGUGCAGGGGGCUGUUGAGAGUGUGACCGGCUGGAGCCCCCGGGUAGUGGCUGAGCACUGGAUUCUGUCGGUGGGACUGAAGAAGGCACUAUAUAAUGAAUAUACAUGGUCUGGUUUCCAUCUGAAACAUCAAUACAUCGCAAAGCAGGCAGACAAAAGUAUGUCGCCUUUCCACUCCAGGUGAAUAAAAAACGACUCCAAAGUAACUAUCCCAUUCAUUCAUCCAUUCAUUCGCUAGGUGUUUGUGCUUGUUUUGCAGUUUAUUAGUGUUUUUGAACAUGGGAGGAGAAAUGACGCACUUUACACAUUACUUUAUGGAGAUGUGUGUUCACAAGCGCGAAAUCUGUUUUGCCGUAUUGGGCUGUUCUGCAGUUAUGCUUGUUCGGUUUCGGAUGUGUAGUUUUCAAUGUACCGUUUUCAUUCAAUUUAUCAUCCAUAAUAAAGUGUUAAUAAAUUGUUGUAGGACCGUC